AGCCUGUCGGGACAUCAGGGUGCCGUGGAGGCCGUUGCCUUUGAUGGAAGCGAAGAAUUUGUGGCGGCAGGCUCUGCUGGAGGGUCUGUGAAGUUGUGGGACGUUGAACAAGGGAGAGUCAACCGAUCCUUUACUGGACACCGGACACACAUUCGCACUGUGGAAUUUCACCCAAGACAAGGGGAGGUGAUCGCAUCGGGAGCUGCAGACACAACAGUUAAAGUGUGGGACAUCCGUGGCAAGAUGUGCAUACACACAUUCACAGGGCAUGUGAAGGGCGUUGGGAGUGUCGCAUUCAGCCCAGAUGGCAAAUGGUUGGCUACAGGGAGCGAAGAUGGAGAAAUCAAGCUUUGGGACCUGCGGACUUGUGAGGAGCUACACAGCUUCAAGGAUCACCUGGGGAAGAUCACAGGGUUACAAUAUCAUCCACGGGAGCUCAUGCUGGCGAGUGCUUCAGCUGACCGGACAGUGAGGCUGUGGGACCUCGACCACUUUGACAGAAUCGACAACGUUGGAGCAGCGAUUGCCGGUGUGCGAGGCAUAACAUUUUCGCCAGAUGGGCACACACUGCUGAAGGCUCUUCCACAUGGCCUGGAAGUUCUGGGCUGGGAGCCCUCGCGUGUGCAAGACAUCGUGGAUGUGCCAUGGAAGCAUGUCGCGGACAUGGCCGUGUCCACUGGCAACAACAGAGUGAUUGGGUGUGCCUUCAAGCAAGUCGUGGUGCAGGUGUGGUCAGUGAACUUGCAGUACGUUCAGCCGUUUUCUGGCACAGAGACUGUCCUUCAGGAAAAGCGUCCGCCUCGUGUGCCUCGUGCCAGCUCUGCUCAAAGAAAGCCGUUGGGGAAGCAGUGCACUGCAGCUAAACUGACACCAUCCUCGAGUGAGACAUCCCUCUACAGAACCUCCUCCUUAGACACUUGGGACUCUGAUGCCGACAGCAUGGUGGGACUGAAAAAUGCACCCGUCAGCAGUCUAGGCGCCAAAUGCACUCACUCGCCGUCCCCUGUGAACCCCCCUGUCUCUAGUACGGCACCCAGCCCAAGAGUGAGGACUAGCGCGCAUGGCCGCAGCAGCAGCAGCAGUGUAUCAGGAACAAACAGACUGUGCCCAGGUGUGCAUCGGGACAAAAAACACGUGGUGGGAGCUCGCCCUGGGGACUUUAAGCAGAGUAGCGAUGCAAAAUCGACAGGAUCCAUGAAGCAGAGGAGUUCAGCGAUGGUUGGGCACCCCAAAUCAUGUGAUGGUAAGAGCACCAGCAUGGUGGGUGCUAAGAAGGUGCGCCCAAGCUCACGCCGGGAGAGUGGGUUUCUGACAGCCGCACCUGACGAUUUGCCACAAAACCAUGGCUUGGGCUCUGAAGGGAGCUCAAAAUACAGUGCCCCAGCAAGUGCUGGUUGCCCAACCCCUCGAAAGAGUGGUGUGGAGCCUAGGAUCAGUGUUGAGCGCAGGAGCAGUUUGGAACGCAGCAGCAGGGUAACUGCAAAGAAAGGGCGCUCAAGCUCCCAGGAGAGUAGCUUCAUGUUGACCACCAACAAGGCGGACUUGCGGCAGAGCUACAAAGUUACCACGGCAGGAAACAUAAAACGGCAGGUUUCGGCAGUUGCUGGGUAUCCAAAGCCGCAUGAUGGCAAGAGCAGCAGUGCUGUGAACGUGAAGAAGGUGCGCCCCAGCUCACGUCGGGACAAUUCCAAUGCGAUGGUUGAGUCUGGGGACUCGGGGGGUCAGAGCUACGAUGCAGACUCGGUGAGGAGCAUGCGACAACGCAGCUCGUCAAUUAGUGGGUACCCAACCUCCCAUGACCACAAAAGUGGCAGUGCUGUGGGCGCAAAAAAGAUACGCCCUGGUACUCAGGACAGUAACAGUGUGGUGGCGAGCGGCCCUGGUGAUUUGGGGCAGAACUACAAAUUGCAUUCUGCCAGGAGUGUGCGACAACACAGUUCGGCUGCCGUUGGGUAUUCAAAGCCGCCUGAUGGCAAGGGCAGCAGUGCUGCAGAUGCAAAGAAAGUGCUCCCCAGCUCAUGCCAGGACAAUGGCAUUGUGAUGACGAGGUCUGUCGACUUUGGGCAGAACUACGACUCAGACUCUGUGAGGAGCGUGCGGCAACGCAGCUCGUCUAUAGGUGGGUGCCCAACCCCCCGUGAAUGCCGAGGCAGCGGUGUUACGGGUGCGAAAAAGGUGCGUCACAGCAGUCGGGACAGUAACUUUCUGGUUGCGACUGACCCUGGAGGCUUGCAGCAGAACUACGAUUUGCAUUCUGCUAGGAGUACCAGGAGUAUGCCACAACGCAGUUCGCCUGCUGUUGGGCAUUCAAAGCCUCCUGAUGGCAAGAGCAGCAGUGUUGUGGAUGCAAAGCAGGUUCACCCCAGCUCACGCAGGGACAAAGGCAUUGCGCUGACAGAAUCUGCUGGUUUACGGCAGAGCUGUGACUCAGACUCUGUGAGAAGCAUGCGACAGCGCAGCUCGUCGAUGAGCGGGUGCACGACCCCCCAUGAAUGCAGAAGCAGCAGUGUUGUGGGUGCCAAGAAGAUGCGUCCCAGCUCCCGGGACAGUAGUGUCCUGGUGGCGACUGACCCUGGAGACUUGCAGCAGAACUAUGUGCCGCAUUCUGCUAGAAGCAUGCGACAACGAAGUUCGGCGAUUGUCGGCCGUCCAAACCCUCACGACUGCAAGAGCAGCACUGCUGUGGAUGCAAAGAAGGUGCGCCCCAGCUCUCGCAAGGACAAUGGCGUUGUGGUGACAGAGUCAGGGGACAUGGGGCAGAGCUACGACUCGGAUUCUGUGAGAAGUAUGCGGCAGCGCAGUUCGUCAGCUAGCGGGUGCCGAACCCCCUCUGAACGCAGAAGUGGCCGUGUUGUGGGUCCAAAAAAGAUGCAUGCUAUUGACCACGACAAUGGCCUCCUGAUAACGACGGAUCCUGGGGAAUUGCGGCAGAGUUAUGAUUCGGAUUCUGCAGGGAGCCUGCGACAACGUGGCUCGACGGUUGUUGGCUGCCCAAACCUGCCGAAUGGCAGGGUUGUGCAGACCAGGAGGCUUCCUGUGAGGUCAGUAGGCUUGCAGAGAUCCUCUUCAGAUGUUGAGGAGGAGAGACGUGACAUGGAGGUCAGAAGGUGCGGUUCAGCAGAUGGGUGGCAGCCUCGGCCAAGGAAUAGCAGGUCGUUGACCAGGGCCGACUUUGAGCUUGAGUCUGCCGACCUUCCCUCUACCAGCAGUCUUCUCUCCAGCAUAUCCAGCUUGAAACCAAUUCCUGAGCGAAGGAAGGAUACCAGAAUGCCGCUUGGGCGGCAGGCAUCCGGCAGUCGCCCAGGGAACGCUAGCUUUGACUCGUAUUUGCCAAAGAGAAAGGUGCAGGGAGUCGAUGUGAAGAUGGCGGAUGGCAAAUCGGACAUUGAGCUAGUGUCUGAGGUCAUGUCAAAGCGGGGGAAGAUGCAGCAGAUUCUGGCGUCCAGGCAUUCGAACCUGCAGCUGCUGAGGAGUUUCUGGACGCGUGGGGACGUGAGGGGUGCGCUUCGGGCGGCUCGAAGGUGUGGAGAUCCUUCGGUGGUGACUGACUUCCUCGAUGCCGUCGGUCCCAAGAACGGAGCGUUCACACUGGAGCUCAUUCCUGAGGUCACGCCCUCCAUUGACGAGUUGGUGCUCAGCCAGCAUCAGAGAUACAGGGAGACAGCACUGGCGACGCUCUCUACGCUGCUGAGAAGUUUCGGACCUGUCAUCCAUGAGACAACGUGCUCGAAUCUUGGCAGCCUGGGUGUGGAUUUGAGUUUUGAGCAGCGGCUGGAAAAGUGCCACUCUGCCAAGAUGUCAUUGCAGGAGCUUGUGCCGAAGUUGGAGAGGCUUGAGGCGCGGCAGGGAUUGCAUGGCCGGCAGGCGAAGGAGUUGAGGAGGAGAAUAUCCAAUUUGUGA